CUGAGCCUGACACUUAUUCACUCGAAUCUGGCUCAUCAUCAUCAUCAUCCACCAUGCCCAUCAUCAAGCUCGCCUUUGACAAUUGAUAUCAUACCUUGUACAAGUCGUAUUGACAUUCGGAACCUCACAUCCACGAAGCAACCAAGAUGAGAGUCGGCCAAUACGUAUCUAGUCUCUCGAUUCUCCUUUUCGCCGGUCAGGCUCUGGCACAACAAGCUGCCGGCCAUGAUGCAACGCUCAAACAUUUAGCCAAGCGAUCCGAACAGGAAGCGCGACAAUUGAUGGAGCCUUCUACGGAAUCGCUCAAAGACGCCGCUGCCAACGUGUACGACGACCUGAAAGAGAUCGGUGGAGACUUCGCCGAUCAAGCCGAAGAAUACCUCGAGGAGCUUUUCCCUGGCGUAGCCGAGGCCGACGCAGAGGACAAGGACGAGGACAGUGAUGCAGCGAGAGUCGAGGAGGACGUCCUGGAUUCGUCCAAGCCGCUCGAACACGUCGAUGACGAUGACGAUGCCGUCAACAGGCACCCUGCCAUCGUGACCACCACCACUACCCAGAUCCCCGAGUUUGCCAAGGGUCAUGGACACCACAAGAACAAGAACGGGACUCAUCACCGACCCGGCCACAAGAACAAGCACAACUCGACCCAUGGGAACGAUACCGACGCUCCCGUCUUUGAACCGGAGAGGUACUUUACCGAACCCAUCAUCACUGGGUUGCUGGUCUCGUUCUUGGUCUUUAUCCCGUUGGUCGCCAUGGGAAUCGCUGCCCUAUCUAGCAUCCAGGUACCACCUUACCUCAUGGCGGUCUCCAAGACUGCAGGUGUAUCGCAGUCCAAGAAGGAGCAAUAGAGAGAAUCAUAAUACCCCUACAUUCGCUCGAAGACGACAGUUUGACGAUCGUUCUGGAAUUCUGUAAUCGAUGUCAUCCAGAGUGUACCCGAUACAAAACGUGCCAUGAUCCACAUCUGCUUUUCUACAAUAUUGCGAGAUAUCG